AAGAAAUUCUUAGUGCCGAAAAAAUCCAAAUGCUUUUGACAGAACUUCAUCGUUGUUCAGACAAUAGCAUGGAUACAUUUAUUAAAAUACUCGACGAAACUGGCCAAAGAGAGGUUGUGGACAGACUAAUUAGUGUCAGAGAACAGAUGGUUCUGACAAGAAAUCAAGACAAUAUAUCUGUAGAUGAAUUGGAAAUGAGCAGUGAUUUUGAUCCGGAUUUUGAGGUAGAAGUGAAGACCGUUCAAAUUAUGGCUAAACUAGGAGCACAACCUUGGAAAGUGACACAGAGCCACUGCAGUCAUACAGACAAUAUACAUACUGUAAAACUAGAGGGUUGCAAUUCAUCAUACAGUGUUGUUGGAAUUGUUGUACCAGCCAAGAUGACUGAACACGAUCUGUGCAGAGCUGCAACAGUAUUAGAGGAAGUCAUGUGCUUUACAAAUGUAAACCUUGUUGUGAAGCAGCAUAAAGAUAAUCCAGAUGAAAUUAUAAUUUACUGCAUAAAAUCCGAAAAAUUGCAAGCAGUACUACUCGAACUAGCAAAUGAUGGCUUUACUAAUGGACCGACUAAAGUUCAAGAAUUUGGGUUGGCCGAUAGUGAGAAAAUCGAAAUAACAUUAAAUUGCUUCAGCUUGGAAGGCUAUGAAAACAGACCUUUAGUUAUGCCAUACUACUCUGGGUUAUGUACAGCAAUAUAUCGUGGUCGGUUAUGUGUCCUAGAUCCAGAACGACAAACAUGUUGCAAUCAGUACAAUGGACAACUGAAGUACAGAAUUAUUUCUGAGAAAAUAUCAAUGCAGAGGUCUGGCAAAUUGGCUAUUUAUUUACCGAAGCCAACAGAUGAACGAAUUGGAUAUUUUAGUUACACCUUUGACUUUGCAGGAAAAGCGUUGGCGAAAUAUUUAGCUUGGCAGCUGACACCGGACAAUGAAAUCUCUACCCGUUGGAUCAAAUUUGCCAAUAUAUUGGUGGCUGACCCAAACAUUUACAAACACAUCACUAAUAACAUUAGUAAAGAGUUGUGUAAAGCAGGUCAAAGGCAGACAUGUGAAGCAUUUCUUUUGUACUGGGCUGAUCAUUAUGUUAAACAUGAUGAAAACAAGUUAGAGAGAAUGGUUGAUAUUUUUGGACAUGAAACGCAAAAAAAAUCCGACGCAUUACAGUUCCUAAAGCCAUAUUGUUUAUCAGGUACCUUAUCCAAUGACAAUCUAAAGAAAAUGGCAUAUUGUUUAGCUGACGACUGGGAGAUCAUGGCAGAGAAACUGAAAUUAGAUAAAUCCAUAGUUUGUGAGAUAAAAGAUACUCAGAAGAAUCCGGUUAGACAGUGCUUGAAAAUGUUGGAUCUUUGGCGAUUGUCUGAUGUUGCUAUUAUAAAAGGAACAGAUGUUGUUAAACAUCUUUACAAAUGUGCAAAAGCUGCUGGCUGUGGCUCGAAACUUCUUAACUUGUCAGUUAAGCAUUAAACAAUAGUGCCGUCAUCUGUUGCGACCGUAGCUGAUCAAAUCCCAACUUGACUAAUUUACAUUAAGAAUUGUCUAAGUAUUGUUAAAUUUUCACAAUUUAAUAUUCCUUGUAAGUUGCAUUUCUGAAAAUAUUGACAAUGCAAUUUUCCAUGGAAACUCCUUUUACGGCUAAAACUGUACCACUUUUACUAUGAAGUUUGAAAAAAAUCUUAUCCUAGAAUUGAAAGUUCAUAUGCACUACAAUUUUUUUCAAAGGUUGAAAUAUAGGGCUGUGCAGCAUAUUUUGAACGUCUAUAUGCCCUGAACUUUUCAGUGUUUAAAUUAACACUAAUUUUCUUAAAUACCCCUACCUCGAAUUAAGGGUUACCUCAGAUUUUAAUGUAAACUUUAUGCACAUGUAUUAACUGGUAACAUUCCAAUGUAAUGUCUCUAUGCUAUGGAAAACAGAGAGCAUAACUGGGAACCAGUAUGUGAACAAAAUUAUUUUUUUAUGAAUAUUCUAAAUCUCCCCAAAAGAGGCGUGGUUUGAGAAACAGCUGUAUUUACAAAGUGCAACCUGUAAGAUGUACAUAUUUACAACUUACACCUGAAAAUAACAUAAAAGCAUGUCGGCUAAAGUUCAUCCUGCCAAAAUUAUUUGUUUUCCUGAGCAAUGUAUAUUUAGUACCAUUUUUAAUUCAUAAAAAGUAAGUAAAAACGGAUAUAUAUCUGUUGACAAAAUGUAUUGUGAUCAUUAUUC